AUGUCUCUCCCUACGCCCCCGUCCGCCCUGGAGGGGCAUUGCUCGGUCGUCUACAACAACACUCUUUACGUCUACACCCCCAAGGCCUUCAUGUCCUUGCCCCUCGAGCUGCACGGCAAUUGGUCCUCCUUGCCCAUGGGCGAAUCGGUGACGGGCGCGGAAUGUGUCAAGGGUGGGAUCAACGGCGACAACACGCAGGCUGCCCUGUAUGUCGUCGGAGGCACCGCCAGCUCGUCCGAUUAUCCGGGCCUGCAGCGAUACUUGUUUGAACAGCGUCAGUGGGAGACCAUCAAGCCCGUGACCACGGUCACCCAGAGCCGUCUCCACCACGGCGUCGCCUAUCUGAACGCCUCGUCUUCCAUCCUCGUCUACGCCGGCUCGCAGAACGGCGACGCCGGUGCUUCGACCGAGACCUUCACCAUCUCGACCGUGCCGCCGUACGCCGUUCAGGCCUACAAUUCCCAGGGGGCUCCGCCCGCAGUAUCCCCGUCGUUGCUUCCGUGGGACGACAAGACCGCCGUCUAUGUCGGCGGCAAUCCAUCGAACACCGAGGUCUUCCUGUUCACCCCUUACGGCGGCUGGCAGCCUUCGGGUGUCUCGCUGGCUAAAGGAAUUCCGAGCAAUGCCGGGCUGGCCAUGAUUCUGGGUGCUGAUGGGAGCAAGGUCCUGGAAACGUUUAAUAUGAGUGUGUCCCCAAACACGGUCACGUCAAUCGCUCUGGUAGACUCCGGUGGUGCACCUGCGCCCCCUGGGCAAGAAGUGGGCGUCGACACCGGCUCUUCUUCCUCGUCGACACGCAAAAGGAAACGCGCAGGUGUGGCCAACUUCCCGGCGUACAAUGGCACCUUCGCACCGACGACGACUCGCAGCGACUUCUCCGUGGCGCAAUCCGACAAUGGCAUGGUCGUCAUUUCGGGCGGGAGCGACACAGACCCUCUCUGCAUCUUCGACCAGACGCAGAACAGCUGGGUCAAUGUGAACCAGUUGUUCAAUGGCAAAGAGGAAACGCAACAACCGCUUAUCGGCAUCACGAGCAGCCCGACAAGCACGUCGGCAACGGCGACCGCUACGGCGACGUCGUCUUCUACCUCGCAGUCCUCUUCUGCCGCCCCGACAGCCGUGGCCGCGCCGCCGAGUGGCAGCUCCCGCAGCGCCACAGGUACCAUCGUCGGCGCCACGCUGGGCGCUUUGUGCGGCGUGGCAGUGUUGCUGAUUAUAAUGUUGCUUGUCCUUCGACGGCUUCGACAGAAGAAGGAAGCGGCGGCCGGGAAAGGUUCUUCGCGCGGUUAUCCAGGGGACGACAAGGAUCGACUAAGCUUCCAGGACCAGGGGAUUGAGCCCCUGACGCAAUCCGCAUUUCCCAUGGGGAUGGCCCCGGCGCCAUCGGUCGACUCGUUAGCUAUCAUGUCGGGGAAGGUGGGCAACGAGAAGGCUUCGCCUGUGGUCAAGAACAACCCAUAUGGGCGACCUCUGGUUGAGCAGAACAAGAGCCCUUUAUCACCGAUCGCUUCCAGCCGGGGAGACGGGGUCAGGAGUGCAGCUUCUGGCAUGGAACGGAAUCUGACCGCUCGUCCGCCGGAUCUGAAUCUGCCUCGCGGCGGCGACCGGAGGACGGACGAAGGCUGGAGCAAGUAUUUCCAGGACAACUCGGCCACGAACCUCGCGGCGGGGAUGCAAUCCGCGCGGUCGACCAUCUCGUCGCAGGCGUCGCAAGAGACGAGAUCGGACUAUCGGAGCAGCGUUUGGCCGCAGACGAUGGAAAACAGCACGCUCGAUCUGGAUUUGGAGGAGCCGAGACCUCUUGGCCGCGUGAACACGGGCAGUCCCAGCACGGAGCAUCUGCCGGACCACCAAGGGCAGUCGGCCAAGAUCUCGAGCGCCGACUCGGCCAGUCUGGCGUCGGAGGAGGAGCGCGAUCGGUAUUCGGAGGUGCCGGCCAACGUCGCCAACGGGGAGAAUCCGUGGUGGACUGUACGGCCUCCCAGCAGUAACUACACGGCGAGUUACUAUCAGCCCAGCUCGAGGCGGGAGACGACGUACUCGCAGGCGAAUGAAGGGCGAUCGACGGACCGACGGGGGUCGAGUGCCGUUUUCCACGACCAAUUUCCGCCGCCGCCGGCGAACAGCAAUAUCAACACGGACAUGAGCUGGCUGAACCUGAAUGCCGACCGGUAG